UAACAAAAUUGAAAUUCCCAAAAUUUAAUAAAAUUAUAAGAGUUUUACCGAAAAAGAAAUACUUGUUUUAAUAUUAGUCGAAAAAUAUUGUGUAUUAAAAUAUUUAGCCAAAAUCGAAUGAGUUUGGCGUUCCAAAUCGAAGUUUAAGCACCAAAAGCAAACGUAUUAUGUAAAUUUUAACAAAAUUCUUAGCAACAUGGAUGCGAUCGAAAAGCCACAAGAGAAGCAAAUUCUAUCUGAAAUCGGUGGAUCGACAAAAUUGAAGGAAGUCCCAGCUCCGACACCGUCCCACAUCGAUAUUAAGGAGCCGAUCGUCUACGAUUAUAUGAAGUACCCCAGCAAAAAGAAGGGCAAGACUCUGCACCCACACCCAAAGGUCAAGAAGAGUGUGUCCUUUAAGCGUGUCGUCGAGCUGGUCACCUUCACCGACGACUGGAAGAUGCAGACGAGCGAGAGCAACUUGCGCACCGAGGACCAGCAGCUCGGCAAUAAUAUGAGACGCAAUUUUUGAUCAUUUUUCGUUCCCAUAAAUGUAUUUUGUUAAUUUUAUGUAUCCGAAUCAAUUGAAAUAAAUUUAAUACAUAAAUUGA